UUCUCGCGGCUGCUCCGGGAGUGCUGCCGUCCCGCCGUUGCGACCGUCUCGGCCUGCCCGUCUCGACUGGAUCGUUCCGUCUUGCCUGUGUCUCUGCGAGCAUCACGGCCCCGGCGUUGUCUGGCCUGGGUCUGUCAGUGUCGCCUGUGAGCCGCUCCAUUCACCAGUAUGCCGCAGCAACGCCAAGACCCGGUCGCCUGUCUCAAGGCAUACAACCACUCAGUGCGCCAGUUCUGGCCAGCUCCAUGUUCCAAGCACAAGUUGGUGCAUUUGGGCCCGUGCAGUCCUUGUGCGGACCGUCAAGUGUCCGAUUCAAAAAGUAUGUUGUGCCAGCGAGCAAAAUCACCCAGUCCGAGCUGUCUCGAUUGAUGGGCCUAGCCAAGCCUGAGGCACGCACCUUGGCGAUUGCUGUUGGACUAUUGGUCGUGUCGUCAGCUGUGACCAUGGCAGUGCCCUUCUCGAUGGGUCGAAUCAUUGACAUUAUUUUCGCCGAAACGCAAGGUGGCUCUCACCAACGACUCGUCGAGUACACUCAACUACUGAUCGGCGUUUUCUUGGUGGGUGCCGCUGCCAACUAUGGACGUAUCGUAAUGAUUCAAAAUGCCGGUCAAAGUAUCGUGGCUCGGCUUCGUCAAAACUUGUUUUCCUCCAUCAUGCGCCAGGAUGUCGCGUUUUUCGAUCGCAAUCAGACUGGUGAAGUGAUCAACCGACUCGCGGCUGAUACCGUUGUCGUUGGCAAGGCAGUCACGGACAACGUUUCGGAUGGCCUGCGCAGUGUGGCGUCGGCGGUUGUUGGCAUUGGGAUGAUGGCUUUCAUGUCACCCAAGCUGACUUUGGUGGUUCUUGGCAUUGUCCCGCCAGUGUGCAUCGUUGCUGUGCUGUACGGCCGUUACGUCAAGCGCUUGACGCGUCAGGUCCAAGAUUCCCUUGCAAACGCGACUCAAGUCGCUGAAGAACGCAUCUCAAACAUUCGCACGGUCCGGGCUUUCGCCAAGGAGCCAGAAGAAGUGAAGCGCUACGACGGCCAUGUUCAGACCGUCUAUUCGCUUGGCAUUCAAGAGGGCAAGGCGCGUGGAAUUUUCCACGGAGCGACGGGACUUGCUGGCAACCUGAUGAUGGUUUCGUUGCUCUGGUAUGGUGGCCACAUGAUGGUGACCAACGAGAUUACCGUUGGGACUUUGACCUCCUUUUUGCUGUACAGCGCAUAUGUCGGCGUUGCUGUUAUUGGCCUCUCGCAAUUUUAUUCGGAACUCAUGCGGGGCUUGGGUGCAAGUGAACGCUUGUGGACCAUUCUCGACUCCAAGCCAACCAUCCCUCUGUCAGAGGGUCACAAAAUCCCGCACGAUCGCUUCUUUGGCAAGAUUGACUUCCAGAAUGUCGCAUUCGCCUACCCCACGCGGCCCGACGCCCCAGUGUUUAAAAAUCUCUCGCUCACCGUCCCGGACGGCAAGAUUCUCGCCGUUGUCGGCACGAGUGGCGGUGGCAAGAGCACAGUGGGCGCCCUGCUGCUGCGUCUGUAUGAUCCCGACAGCGGGAACAUCUUGAUUGAUAACUACAACGUGCGCGAGCUUGACGCCAGCUGGAUGCGCCAGCAAAUUGGUCUGGUCAGUCAAGAGCCCGUCUUGUUUUCCGGCACCGUCGCAGAGAACAUUGCCUACGGCCAUCCGUCGGCCACGAUCGAGCAGAUUCAAGAUGCGGCUGUUCAGGCCAACGCCCAUCGCUUCAUCACAGAGUUUCCAGAGGGAUUCAACACGAUCGUCGGCGAACGCGGCCAGAGCCUGUCUGGUGGUCAGCGUCAGCGCAUUGCCAUUGCGCGUGCGCUGCUCAAAAACCCACGCAUUCUAAUUUUGGACGAAGCCACGUCGGCACUGGAUGCGCAGAGUGAGCACCUCGUGCAAGAAGCGCUCGAGCGUCUCAUGCAAGGCCGCAGCGUCAUUACGAUUGCACACCGCCUCUCCACCAUCCGGAAUGCAGACACGAUCGCCGUGCUCGGCAAUGGCGAAGUUGUCGAGUCCGGCACCUAUGCUGAGCUCAUGGCGCUGCCUGACGGUCAAUUCAGGAAGCUAGUAGAGCGGCAGACAAUCUCUGCCAACUGAUCGAUUUUGUUUUGUGGUUUUUGUGCGACUUUUUGUGUUACUACGUGCUGUGUCUGGAUGACAAUUGAAAAGCUUGGAUCCAUGGAUCAACCUCGACUGGAC